AUGAUUUCCUUACCAUCAGCGUCGUCGUCUUCGGCGCUAUCAUCCGCAAACGAUGCACCUGCUGCACCGGCGAUCUUCAACGUCGUGGAUGUGACCGGUCUCGGGCCACCUGUACAUGGGGAAAAAUCUCGCAACACCGCCACUACCGGGGCACGUGCCAUGGGCGCGUAUCAACAUGCUGCAAAACAGCCGAUGAACUCCACCUCCAGCUAUUGGCCGCUGCCGCACUCCAAGGGACUGCUGAAUGGGCCGGGACAGAACAACUGCUUUCUCAACUGCGCCGUACAGGUGCUUUGGCAUUUAGACGCCUUCCGUCGCUCCUUUCGGCAGCUGCAGAAUCAUGAUUGCGGAGGACCAGAUUGCAUCUUCUGUGCGCUCAAGGAACUGUUUUCCCAGCUUCAGAGUAGCUCCGAGCCGGCGCUAUGUCCGGAACCGCUGCGACGUGCCCUGGCCAGUGGACCGCUUGCUGGGCGCCGAUUCCCGCUCGGUUGCCUGGGAGAUGCGGCCGAAUGCUUCGAGUUGCUGUUGCACCGGGUUCAUCAACAUCUCUCCACAACAGACAGCGAUAGUUGCGAGGCGGCUCAAUGCGUUGCUCACCAGCGGUUCGCGAUGCGAGUCGUCGAACAGAGCGUGUGUGAGUGCGGUGCCAACUCGGAAAAGCUGCCCUUCACUCAGAUGGUGCAUUACGUGUCCGCCUCGGCACUGACGUCUCAGAAUUCGCUCUCAAUUCAACACCAGCAAACGAUCACCUUCGGUCAGCUUCUGAGGAACGCAGGCAACAUGGGUGACAUCCGCGACUGUCCGAGUGCCUGUGGCGCUAAAAUUGGCAUCCGACGGGCUCUCCUCAACCGGCCGGAUGUGGUCUCGAUCGGAGUAGUGUGGGAUUCGGAACGUCCUCCAGCAGACCAGGUCCAUGCGGUGUUAAAGGCAAUCGGUACCACGCUACGCCUGUGCGACGUGUUCCAGCAGGUCUCGGACCAUCGGUGGGCGCAAACGGUCCAUCAUGAGCUAGUGGGUGUUGUGUCGUACUACGGCAAACACUACACCACCUUCUUUUUCCACACGAAACUGCGCGUCUGGGUGUAUUUUGAUGAUGCCAACGUGAAGGAGGUUGGUCCAAGCUGGGAAGGUGUCGUGGAUAAGUGCUCCCGAGGACGAUAUCAACCGUUGCUGCUCUUGUAUGCGUUGCCUCAACCGCAACAGCAGCAACAGUUAUCCCAACCCCAGCAUCAACUGUUGCAGCAGCAACAGCAGCAGGAGUUGACGACAAUGACUCAGCAUCGACGAGCUGUUACGCCAAGCCCGGAGAAGGCCACGAUGGGAUCGAACGUGCGACGUGCCAUCACACCAACCCCGAAUCGCGCGCUUCCAAUCUGCGACUAUCAGAACCUAACCGUCAUCCAGAGCAAGAUCUUCCCCACAGCAAACACCGGCAGCGGUGUUAAUGACGAUUCCAAUGAGAAGGAACAUUACAUCAGUCGUAAGGCGGUACAGAAUGUGCUGAACGCUCAGUACCAAAAUCUGUCCGUAAUUCAGGACAAGAUCUUCCCAUCCGUUCAUGAUCAACAGCAGCAACAACAACAACAGCACAGAAUGCUUACGCACAACGGUACUAAACCGCAGCAACAGCAAGGACCGCAACAGCAACAACAUUCGAGUCUAAACUUCAACCGUAAUCUGAUGAAUGGCGGCGAAAAUGGCGGCGUUGUCGGUAUCAGCAUGCCAAAUGUGUCACCUUCUUCGUCCAGUGGCACGGCUUCUUCUCCGGAUGGAUUGUCCAUGCCGGAUCACCUCAAUCAACCACGUCGUCGUGACUCGGGUAACUGGAGUGGAGACCGAAAUUCAGCCUCGUCGUCUUCCUCCACAACACUCGACAACCCGUACCUCUAUCUGGUGGGCAAACGGCAAGUGAACGGAAGUGUUCCGGCCAGCCCAACACGCAGUAGCAACGGUGGCCCGGGAAUCGGAGCGAUGGGCAAUGGGACCGGUGCGGGUCAGUUCUAUGACGCCGGAUAUGACUCCUAUUCGUUGUCGUCAACCGAUUCAUUUCCCUCGAAGCACCAACCGACGGGUUCGAACGGUGUUGGCUCGAUGUUGAUGUCCUCGUCGUCGUCUUCCUCGAGUGGAAACGGAAUGACCAAGAUUCCGGAAUCGGUGGUGCUGUCCGGUGAUUGUGAAAAGCUGUGCAUGGAGGCGGAUCAGUUGCUGGAGAAGUCACGUUUGCUGGAAGAUGCCCAUGACCUCGAGACAGCUCUUGUGCUAUGUCAUGCAGCGGCCAGCAAAGCCCGGGCUGCAAUGGACGCUCCUUACAGCAAUCCUCAUACGAUGACGUUUGCUCGUAUGAAGCACAACACGUGUGUGAUGCGAGCCCGAUCGCUCAAUCGACGCAUCCUCAUCGAGAAGGGUGGCGAAAUGAUCAAGGAGCAACAGCAUCAGCAACAACAACUGCAACUUCAGCAGCAGGCGCAAAUGCAUCUGCACCACCAGAGCUUGCAGCAAUAUCAUGCGCUGAUCGGAGGAGGAUUGCAACAUCGUCGACAAAAUAGCAAGGACAAACUGCUAUCGGGAGGAAGCGGUCAGGUCGGUCACCAUGGCCUCUCGGGGUCUACAACAGCCGGCACAACUUCAGCCGUUGGUGGGAGUUUGCUGCGUAACUCACCCUCGAAGAACAUCGAAAUCUACGCCACACUGCCGAAGAAGAAGGUUACACUGAAGUUGAUUGAGGCAGAAAAUAUCGAGCCAGAGCCAGCAGUCGAUCUAAAGGCACCGUCAGAGCGCGAAAGUCGUAGCCUGUUUUCGCGAGUCAGCGGCGAUAAAGACUGCGUUGGAAAAGAUAGCAAGGAAAAGCGCAGUCGCAGCGAGGAUCGCAACAAGGCGCUUGUUUCCUCGUCGUCAUACGCCGAUCCGGGACUCGUAAAUGCGAAGGACACGCUCCGUAAGCACAAAGAAGAGAAGGAUGCAAAUGAUCGUAAGGAAAAGGAGGCCAAGGCUGGCAAGAAGCAGCACAAAAUUCGCCGGAAGCUGCUUAUGGGAGGUUUGAUUCGUCGCAAGAAUCGCUCCAUGCCCGAUCUUACAGAGGCCGUGACCGGUGGAACAGGGUCGGAAGGUUCGGGACCUGUUGGCGGCAUUUCCGGUGGAGGUGAUCAGAUGUUGCUAGAUGGUGGAGUCGGUGGAAGUAUUGUGGGACCGCAUGGAACAUCGCUCGAUGACAGUGCGGUUGGAUUGAGCAUGAGCGCGAAGGAUAACCCCAACAGUGGCUACCUGUCAGAGGGCCAUUUCGAUUACCAUCCCAUUUCGAACACGAAUCCCAAUCUCGAACGCAGCAAGCUGAUGCGCAAGAGCUUCCAUGGCAGUGGUCGGUCAUUGUCGAUCCCGAAAGUGCCACCACCACCGCCAGUGCGGCUUGGAUCAGCGCUUUCUGCCGUUUCGUCGGCGUCAUCCCCGAUUCAACAGCACCAACAGACGAACGCCUCCUCUUCUCCGUCACUGCUGCAGAUGCAGAAACUUCCGCUGAACGGUGUAAACUUGCGGCAUUUGGAGUUUGUCACUGAGGCUGCUGCUGCGGCUGCGGUCAACAACGGGUUGCCAGCACAUCCUUCCAGCGGAAUCAAGCCCUUCCACGAGGCCAACGUAUCGAACCUUUCGACCAUGAGCUCAAACACCAGUAUGAGCGAGGAUUCGUGCCAAACCAUCAUCACCACCUGCGCCGUGGUACAUCAGGAGCAGUCUCCGGCCAAACCACUGGAGCAACCGACCGCACCGUCUCCAUCUGCCGGCCCAGGAGGCUUCCAGCAAGUCGAUUCCAUCGUGCGCUACCAACAGCAGCAGCAGCAACAGCAACAGCAACAGGUAUCAUCAAUCCAAACAACUGGUCUGUUGGAGCUACCGCCAUACCCGAGUCCUCCAUCGACCACGUGCCAUUCGCGACAGGCUAGCGAGGACUUUCCACCGCCACCGCCUGCCAUUGAUUUUGAGCCAUUGCAUGAGCAGCUGAACGAAAUUCAGAGCCUGCAAGGGGUCACCAAUUCCAGUGGGUCGUUCAACAAACAGCAGCCAUCUAGCGGGAUUCAAAAUACAACCAGCAUCUUGGCUCAGUUGCAGGCGAAGCAGUUGCAGCAGCAACAACAGCAACAGCAGCAACCUGACCGGUCACAUUAUAAGUAUCAGCAACAACAUUAUCACGAACAUGAUUAUGACCUUAUGCAACAUUUGCAACUGUCAUCGAGCAGCAGCGCGAACAGCGGCAAUCCCAACAACCCCAUUAGUGUAAGUGAAAUUCUAAAUGAAACCAAUCGUUCCGAGAUCUGGUUGAAGGAGCUACAAAUGAAGCAACUCGCGUUGAAACAGCAGCAGCAGUGUCGCGAAGCUGCUACAAUGCAGCAGUAUCAAGGGCAACAUCUGCAGCAGCAGCAGCAGCAAGACCAACAGACCAAUGGAGCUGUUAACGCGUUAACUAACGGAAAUGACCAGCGAAGUGUGCGGGAUCUUGCAUCACGCUUUGAGCAAAUUAAGCUUCCUGACGGGUCACAGCUACUUCAACAGCAGCAACAUCCAUCCAACGUACGCACUGGCAUGAGCGGGCUACUUCUCAUGGAUCAGCUUCAGCAACAACAGCAGCAAGAACAACAGCAGCAGCAACAGCAGGAGCAACAAAAGCAAAAGAGUGCAUUAUCACCAGUUCCACGUGCCACUCCACCACCUGCUGAAACGUUGAGUGACACGAUCGGUACCGAUUUAUCUGGCAGUUGCGUGGACGUUGUCGAUUGUCCACGGGAUAUGGGAGUCGCGUACCGUAUACAGUUGCCAAAGCCACGGUACGAUAUUGCCCAAAGCCAGAUACAGGAAGAAAUCCGCGAAGUGGAGAUGCUGAACCAGGUCGUGCAGCAGACACUCAACAAUGGUGCAGCUGCUAACACAGGCUCUUCGAAGUCUCAGCUGCUGAAUGGCAAUGGCAUGCCGCCUUCAUCGGCAGCCUCAGGUCGCACGAAGAAGAAGAGCGUUUCUUUCUGCGAUCAAGUCAUUCUGGUAGCCACGGCAGACGAAGAUGAAGAUGACGGUUUCAUUCCGAAUCCGAUUCUCGAGCGUGUGCUGCGAACUGCUAACGGAGCACCCGGUGGUGGUUUGACCGGUGAAGGAGAAGCCACAACUGGAAUGAUGCCUACAGCUUCUGGCGAAAGUUUGAAUAACGCCCAAUCGCCAACUCCGAUCAUGCCACAGGCGAUGCCAGAUCGCAUGCCAAUGCUCUCGACGAGCAUCACGUACCAUCCAAUCAAGGCUGCCUCUCCAACGCAACAGUUGAAGCAAUCACCUUCGCCUUCUGCCACUGGACCAAUGUAUUCUCUGGCUGCUGACAUGCAUAAGCAAAAUAUGGAAAUCCAACGUCAGCUCCAGCAACAGCAGCAGCAGUACUAUGGAGCCGUUAAUAGUAGCUCGGACGUAGAGAGCUACAAGCAACAUUCGCAACAGCAACAACAGCAGUACACGACCAUUCCAGCCAAUGCCACCGUAUUCAAGACGCAUCAAUUCAAUGCAACGUUGCCAGCGAAGAGUGCCACCUCUCUGUACGGUGUUGGACCUGUCGGUAUGUCUGCCCAGCUUUAUCAGCAGCAGCAGCAGAAACAACGCCUGUACGGCAGCGAUUCAGGCAGUGAGCUUAGUUUUGAUGGCCGUAGUUCUGGCUCCUCCAUGCAAUUGUCAAGCGGCUCUCCAUACAUGGCGCUUCCACAUUCCAUUGAAGGAGCAACAACACAACAUCAACAGCAGCAACAGUCGCAGCAACCGCAUCAUCAGGUCGUAAGCGGAUAUCAGACGGUAUCCGCGUCUCCAACAACUAUCACCACCAACUCGAGUGCGGCUUCCAACUCCCUCGGGCUGCGCCAGAAUCUAGCCUCUCUACUUCAACAUCAGCAGCAAACGUUGGGUGGAGUUGCAACAGCCGCCCCCUCAACCAUGCGUGUUGCGCCUCCAAAUGGUGUAGGAAUGCCAGGACUUUCAAACAUCAGUGUGUACCAGAAGCCUCCAAUGCCUUUGAAUGCAUAUCAGCAGCAACAGCAGCAGCAGCAGCACCAAAUACUGCCACUCCCAACGUAUAACGGUAAUACUCUGUCUUACUCUCAGCAACAGCAACCUCUGCAGCAACAGCAGCCGCAACCUAACCAACCGUCUUCUGGAGCCGUCGUAGUCCCCUCUCCUUACCAACGCGUGCCACUUCCCCUUGGCUACGACAACCUUUCCUCUCCCACCAUGUACCACGAGCAAACCCCAGGGGGCUUCGUCCAUCAGCAACAGCAGCAACAGCAACACGUCGGGUAUAGUGCUGCGGCCGUCCUGCAACCGAAACCAACUCAGAAAAAGGUAAGCUUCGAACCAGGCACGAAAGGCGGCGGUUCGGAGCCAAACGCAUCACCUUCACCGACAUCCAGCAACACCCAGCAGCAACAACCUCCAUUCCAGCACCAGCAGGACACUCAGCAACAACAGAACGUGGUCGGUGUUCCAACACGUGUUGUCCCGAUCGCAACAUACAACGGAAACGCCAUCGUAAAGCCAUCCGCCAAGGCCGUGCAGUGCAACUUGUGCCGCAAAAAGCACUGCAUUCUACCCGCGAUCUAUUGCGCCGAUUGCGAAACGUAUCUGGCACGUUUCCAGAUGCCCGUACGACGGUGAUCCUUCCAUCCAACCUGCUAUAUCUCUAACGCGUCCCUGCUUGUACAUACU